ACUUUGAUUUAACUGGAUUUGGGCAAAUAUCACAAAGUUGGACUGUCAGUUUGAGGCCCUAGUGGAUGGCAAAGUGAGGCUUCCUUACUGUCAGGAAAUACUGCGGAAAGCUUUCGUUGAGCCUCGAACACCGUCCCAAAAUGACGGAAGUUGUGGAGGAAUAUGAGGAGGAAUAUGAGGAGGAAUAUGAGGAGGAAUAUGAGGAGGAGAUUCUGGACGAGAUUACAACGAUGACUGUCACUGAGCACACGAGUUCUCAGAUCUCACAGUCUGGCUUGCCCACCAGGAAAGUCAGGAAGAAGGUCAAGGUGGACACUUCCAAGUUCAUGACUCCAUACCUGGCUCACAGCCAGAAGAUGCUGGAGCAGUACAGCCAUAACAAGUACCGGCAUGCUUAUGACAUGUCCAGAGGGAAGCCUACUGCCUUCAUCAGUGAUACCCCUGAAAUCAUCCGCAUCAGGAAGGCCCAGGAGCAGCUUAGCGAGGUUAAAUACCGCAUGGAGGGAAAUAAGACUCGGACAACAAGCUUGUAUGGUGGUGAGGCCAAAGAGAUCGCCCACGUCAAGCGUGUAUCUGAACUGAUCAGCAAGGUUCUGUACAGACAGAAGUGGGAUGAGACGAAGGACAGGUACCUGUUGCCUCCUGAUGCUCCUGAGCUGGUGCUGGCUGUGAAGAAUGCUGCUAACUACAGCAAAAAACUUUACACGGAGGCCUGGGACGAAGAGAAGACCAUGUUCUACCCUUACAGCGACAGCCCUGAGCUGCGCAGGGUGGCCAAGGCUCAGGAGGUCUUCAGUGAUAUUCGCUACAAGAAGGGUCAUGAUGAGCGCAUGGCUAAGUUCACCUCCUUGGCUGAUCCUCCUGAAAUGGAGCUGGCCAGGAAAGCGGCACAUCAGCGCAGUGAUCUCAAAUACAAGGAGGAUUACAAUAAAAAUGUCAAGGGUCAGUGGUGCGAGACGCCAUACUUCGACGUGGCCACUGCCAGGGUGGCGAUGGAGAACUUGAGCAGUAAAAGAUACACGCAACAUUAUGAGGAUACGAAAGACCAAAUUUAUUUCAUGCAAACAGACACGCCCGUUUAUGGAUCAAACAAGAAGGCUCGUAUUGCCGCUAGUGAGGUCCAAUACAAGAAGGAAUACGAGAAACAGAAAGAUCAGGCGGACUACAACACGCUCCCCGCCACAGAGAAUCCUCUCCUCAGACAGCUCAGAUAUGCUGGCACCAUCCUCAGUGAUAAAGUCUAUAAAUCCAACUAUGAGAAAUCCAGGGGUUCCAGUAUCAACUACUGUGACACGCCCAAGUUUCAGAUGGACUCCGUACUUAAACAGUUCACUGAUGUACGUUAUAAAAACAAGUAUGAAAACGAGGUGAAGGGCCACUACAUCGGCAGCUAUGAGGAUAUCUACAUGCUUCACUGCCAGAAAGUAGAGGAAAUGAAGAAUGAGCAACUAUAUAAAUCUGAAUAUGAAGACAUUAAGACGAAAUGCUUCUACCCUCAAACAAUUACGCCUGAAUAUGAAGUUUCGAAGAAGCUUGAAAAGUGUAAUGAUAAAACGUACCGGCAACAUCCAGCCACACUGAAGUUUACACAAGUGAUGGAUUCACCAGUUCAGCUUCAAGCCGCCAUCAACGCCAAACAGCUAAGUGACUUGAACUACAAGGCCAAGUAUGAAGAGACAAAGUUCAAGAACAAUCUGCCCCCUGACUUCUUCAUCCAGUCCAGAGUUAACGCCUUUAACCUCAGUGAUAACUGUUACAAGUAUGAUUGGGAGAAAUCUAAAGCGAAGAAGUUUGAGAUCAAGGGCGACAUGAUCUCGAUCCUCGCUGCCCGCGCUCACACAAACAUUGCCAGUGAUGUUAAAUACAAAAAGGAGUAUGAGAAGAACAAGGGACAGAUGGUCGGAGCCCUCAGCAUUAAUGACGAUCCCAAGAUCUUGCACUCCGUUCACGUGGCCAAAAUCCAGAGUAACCGUGAAUAUAAAAAGGACUAUGAAAAGGUAAAGACCAAGUACCAUACACCCCUGGAUAUGAUCUCAAUCACCUUGGCCAAGAACUCCCAGGGGAUUGCCAGCAUGGCCGGGUAUCGGAGCAUCAGCACCAAAUACUUCCUCCCCCCCGACAGUGUGCUGUUGGAACUGGCCAAGAAAUCCAACAUCAUCCAGAGCGAUAACGACUACAGGUCUGAGUACAACAACUUCACCAAGGGGUCCCCUUGGAUCCCCUUUGGCUCCUUGGAAGUGGAAAAAAAUAAUAAAGCUAGUGAUAUCCUCAGCGAGAGGAAGUACAGACAACACCCAGACAAGAUCCCCUUCACCUCCAUCGACAACCACCCCGUCAUGAUGCAGGCCAAAGUCAACCAGCUUCAGAGGAGUGAUCUGUUCUACAAGAGAGGUCUGGAGGAGAUCCAUCAGAAGUACUCUCUGCCUCAUGACCUCCCUGAGUUCCUCCAGGCCAAGUGCAACUCUUACAACAUCAGCAAGAAAAACUACAAGCAAGCCUGGCAGGAACUGAUCGCCAAAGGUUAUGACAUGAAGUCCGACGCCAUCUCUGUUGUCGUUGCCAAAGCUGCCAGGCAUGCCGCCAGUGAUGUCCAGUAUAAGAAGGCUUACCUAAAGGACAGAGGCCACCAUGUUGGUUUCCGCAGCAUCCAGGACGAUCCUCUGCUGGUUCACUACAUGCAGGUGGCCAAGAUGCAGAGUGAGAAGAACUACAAGAAGGACUACCACAAGGCCAAGUUGAAGUAUCACUCCCCAGUAGACAUGAUGAGUUUGACUCAGGCCAAACAUGCCUCUGCUGUUCAGACGUAUGCUGGUUACAAGCAGGACAACCAUAAGUACAGUCUUAUGCCCGACUCAAUGAGUCUGCACCUUGCUCGCAACAUGAACUUCAAUGCCAGUGAUUACAACUAUAAAAUGGAUUAUGAGACUUCAGUCAAGGGAACUGGUUGGAUUCCUAUUGGUUCCAUUGAUGUGGAAAAAGCCAAGGUCGCAGGAGCAGCUCUGAAUGAGACAAAGUACCGCCAGCCGCCUUCCACCAUCAAAUUCACCAGCGUCACUGACUCCAUGAACAUGGAGCUGGCCAAGGCCAACGCCAAGACCAUGAACACGAAAGAGUAUAAGGCCAGUGGAGAGAAGUUCAUGCACACUUACCAUCUGCCUGCCGAUGCUCCUGAACUGUUGCAAGCCAGAUACAAUGCCGUCAACAUCAGCAAGAAUUACUACACCUAUGCUCAUCGCCAAGAUCUGCUCAAAGGACAUCAGCUGAAGGAAGAUGCCAUCCCCAUUAUCGCAGCAAAACGUUCCAGAGACAUUGCCAGUAAUUACAAGUACAAGCUGGCUUAUGAGAAGGCGAAGGGCCACCAUGUUGGCCACCGCAGCAUCCAGGACGAUCCUCUGCUGGUUCACUACAUGCAGGUGGCCAAGAUGCAGAGUGACAAGAACUACAAGAAGGACUACCACAAGUCCAAGCUGAAGUAUCACUCCCCAGUAGACAUGAUAAGUUUGACUCACGCCAAGCAGGCCUCUGCUGCUCAGACCUUCACUGGAUACAGGAAGAUCCCUCACAGCUACAUGCUCCUGCCUGACAACCUGCACCUGCGGCGGUGUCGCAGCAUGAUGGAGAUUCAGAGUGAUAAUGUAUACAAGUCAGAUUACAACAACUACAGUAAGGGCGUCGGGUGGAUCCCUCUCGGUUCUCUGGAUGUAGAGAAGGCCAGAGUUGCUAAAGCUGCGCUGCAAGAAAGAGGCUACCGCCAGCAUCCAAGUACUCUCAAGUUCACAAGCAAGACUGAUGCCAUGAGCACGGUUCUGGCUCUGGCCAACACAAAGAUCAUGGACAAUUCUUCAUACAGAGCUUCUGGCGAGAAGUUCAUGCACACCUACAAUCUGCCAGCUGACAGCCCUCAGUUCCUUCAGGCUAAAUUCAACGCCCAGACCCUUAGCGAGAGUCACUACAAGCACAAGUGGCUGGAAGAUAUUGCGAAGGGAUACAACAUGAAGCCCGAUGCUAUUUCUAUCCUGCACGCCAAGCAAGGCAGACAUAUUGCCAGCGAUAUCCAAUACAAGAAAGCUUACGAGAAGGACAGAGGCCACCAUGUUGGUUUCCGCAGCAUCCAGGACGAUCCUCUGCUGGUUCACUACAUGCAGAUUGCCAAAUUGCAGAGUGACAAGAACUACAAGAAGGACUACCACAAGGCCAAGCUGAAGUAUCACUCCCCAGUAGACAUGAUGAGUUUGACUCACGCCAAGCAGGCCUCUGCUGCUCAGACCUUCGCUGGAUACAGGAAGAUCCCUCACAGCUACAUGCUCCUGCCUGACAACCUGCACGUGCGGCGGUGUCGCAGCAUGAUGGAGAUUCAGAGUGAUUGUGACUACAAGUCUGAAUGGAAUAACUACAUCAGAGGUAUUGGAUGGGUCCCUAUUGGCUCAAUUGGAGUUGAGACUGCUAAACUUGGCAGUCAGAUUCAGAGUGACAACAAAUACCGCACACAUCCAUCCACCUACAAGUUCAGCAAGCUCAUGGACUCCAUGGACUUGACUCUGGCUACUGCCAACAACAAUAUCAUGAACAAGAAAGCGUACACUGCUGCCUGGGAGAAGGACAAACAGACAGUCCACGUCAUGCCAGAUUCUCCUGAGAUCGUCCUGGCCAAGGCCAAUGCCCUCAACAUGAGCAAUAAACUUUACAAAGCCGGUGUUGUGGCGAUGGCCAAUAAGGGCUACCACCUCAAAGGAGACGCCAUCUCCAUUAAGGCUGCCAAGUCCGGUACCACCAUUGCCAGUGAUUACAAGUACAAGCUGGCUUACGAGAAGGACAGAGGCCACCAUGUUGGCCACCGCAGCAUCCAGGACGAUCCUCUGCUGGUUCACUACAUGCAGGUGGCCAAGAUGCAGAGUGACAAGAACUACAAGAAGGACUACCACAAGGCCAAGCUGAAGUAUCACUCCCCAGUGGACAUGAUGAGUUUGACCCAAGCCAAACAUGCCUCUGCUGUUCAGACUUAUGCUGGUUACAGGAAGAUCCAGCACAGUUACUCUCUCCUCCCUGAUGCCUUGAAUCUAAAACUGGCUCGCACCAUGAACGUCCAGUGUAGUGAUUGGGACUACAAGUCUGAAUGGAAUAACUACAUCAGAGGUAUUGGAUGGGUCCCUAUUGGCUCAAUUGGAGUUGAGACCGCUAAACUUGGCAGUCAGAUUCAGAGUGACAACAGAUACCGCACUCAUCCAUCCACCUACAAGUUCAGCAAGCUCAUGGACUCCAUGGAUUUGACUCUGGCUACUGCCAACAACAAUAUCAUGAACAAGAAAGCGUACACUGCUGCCUGGGAGAAGGACAAACAGACAGUCCACGUCAUGCCAGAUUCUCCUGAGAUCGUCCUGGCCAAGGCCAAUGCCCUCAACAUGAGCAAUAAACUUUACAAAGCCGGUGUUGUGGCGAUGGCCAAUAAGGGCUACCACCUCAAAGGAGACGCCAUCUCCAUUAAGGCUGCCAAGUCCGGUACCACCAUUGCUAGUGAUUACAAGUACAAGCUGGCUUACGAGAAGGACAGAGGCCACCAUGUUGGUUUCCGCAGCAUCCAGGACGAUCCUCUGCUGGUUCACUACAUGCAGAUUGCCAAAUUGCAGAGUGACAAGAACUACAAGAAGGACUACCACAAGUCCAAGCUGAAGUAUCACUCCCCAGUAGACAUGAUGAGUUUGACCCACGCCAAGCAGGCCUCUGCUGCUCAGACCUUCGCUGGAUACAGGAAGAUUCCUCACAGCUACAUGCUCCUGCCUGACAACCUGCACGUGCGGCGGUGUCGCAGCAUGAUGGAGAUUCAGAGUGAUAACCAGUACAAGAGUGAGUAUGAAAGCUUCAUUAAGGGAAUAGGAUGGGUCCCCAUUGGAUCGGUGGAUGUUGAGAAGGCAAGAUUAGCCGGCCGUAUCUUCAGUGAAUCCAAAUACCGUCAAUCUCCAUCCAACUUCAAAUUCACUAAGGACAUGCACUCCAUGGAUCUGACACUGGCCACUGCCAACAACAAGAUUAUGAAUAAGCAAUCCUACGUCACCGCCUGGGAGAAAGACAAGACUUCCAUCCACAUCAUGCCUGAUGCAAUGGACAUUGUUCUUGCCAGAGGAAAUAAGAAGAACUGCAGUGAGAAACUGUACAAAUUGGACAAUGAGCUGUCCAAGAAGAAGGGCUAUAAUCUUCGUGGUGAUGCCAUUGCACUUCUGGCUGCCAAAGCCUCCACUGCUAUUGCUAGUGAUUACAAGUACCACGCAGGAUACCGUAAGCAGGUCGGCCACCACAUCGGUGCUCGCUGCGUCCAGGAUGAUCCUCUACUUGUGCUGGCUCUGAACUCAGCCAAGAUUGCCAGUGAUGCCCUGUACAAGAAGGACUUCAACCAGUCCAAGACCAAGUUUCACCUGCCAGUGGACAUGAUGGCCUUUGAACUGGCCAAGAAGAACCAGAUUCAGGUCAACCACGCCAACUACAUCACUCGCCUCCACAACUGGACUUGUCUGCCAGACUCCACCGAUGUUCGCCAGGCCAGACAUGCUUAUGACAUACAGAGUGAUGCUGUUUACAAGGAGGAUCUGAAGAUGAUGCAGGGUAUCGGAUGGGUACCUAUAGGUUCACUGGAUGUUGAGAAGGCAAAGAAAGCUGGUGAGGCCCUGAAUGAGAGAAAGUAUCGUCAACACCCAAGCAACUACAAAUUCAAAAUCACCACUGAAGACAUACCCAUGGUGUUGGCUAAGGCCAACGCUCAGGUUAUGAACAAGAAAUCCUACUCUGAAGCCUGGGAUAAGGACAAGUCAAACAUCCACAUCAUGCCUGAUGCUAUGGAUGUUCUUCUCGCCAAGGCAAACAAUGUCAACUACAGUUUGAAAAUGUACAAGCAGGCAAAUGAAGACGCCAAGAAGAAGGGAUACAACCUGUGUAAUGAUGCCAUUUCCAUCAUCGCGGCCAAGAAAACCAGGGAUAUUGCCAGUGAUUACAUGUACCACGCAGGAUACCGUAAGCAGGUCGGCCACCACAUUGGUGCUCGCUGCGUCCAGGACGAUCCUCUACUUGUGCUGGCUCUAAACUCAGCCAAGAUUGCCAGUGAUGCCCUGUACAAGAAGGACUUCAACCAGUCCAAGACCAAGUUCAACCUGCCAGUGGACAUGAUGGCCUUUGAACUGGCCAAGAAGAACCAGAUCCAGGUCAACCACGCCAACUACAUCACUCGCCUCCACAACUGGACUUGUCUGCCAGACUCCACCGAUGUUCGCCAGGCCAGACAUGCUUAUGACAUACAGAGUGAUGCUGUUUACAAGGAGGAUCUGAAGAUGAUGCAGGGUAUCGGAUGGGUGCCUAUAGGUUCACUGGAUGUUGAGAAGGCAAAGAAAGCUGGUGAGGCCCUGAAUGAGAGAAAGUAUCGUCAACACCCAAGCAACUACAAAUUCAAAAUCACCACUGAAGACAUACCCAUGGUGUUGGCUAAGGCCAACGCUCAGGUUAUGAACAAGAAAUCCUACUCUGAAGCCUGGGAUAAGGACAAGUCAAACAUCCACAUCAUGCCUGAUGCUAUGGAUGUUCUUCUCGCCAAGGCAAACAAUGCCAACUACAGUUUGAAACUGUACAAGCAGGCAAAUGAAGACGCCAAGAAGAAGGGAUACGACCUGCGUAAUGAUGCCAUUUCCAUUAUCGCAGCCAGGAAGACCAGGGAUAUUGCCAGUGAUUACAAGUACCACGCAGGAUACCGUAAGCAGGUCGGCCACCACAUUGGUGCUCGCUGCGUCCAGGACGAUCCUCUACUUGUGCUGGCUCUGAACUCAGCCAAGAUUGCCAGUGAUGCCCUGUACAAGAAGGACUUCAACCAGUCCAAGACCAAGUUCCACCUGCCAGUGGACAUGAUGGCCUUUGAACUGGCCAAGAAGAACCAGAUUCAGGUCAACCACGCCAACUACAUCACUCGCCUCCACAACUGGACUUGUCUGCCAGACUCCACCGAUGUUCGCCAGGCCAGACAUGCUUAUGACAUACAGAGUGAUGCUGUUUACAAGGAGGAUCUGAAGAUGAUGCAGGGUAUCGGAUGGGUACCUAUAGGUUCACUGGAUGUUGAGAAGGCAAAGAAAGCUGGUGAGGCCCUGAAUGAGAGAAAGUAUCGUCAACACCCAAGCAACUACAAAUUCAAAAUCACCACUGAAGACAUACCCAUGGUGUUGGCUAAGGCCAACGCUCAGGUUAUGAACAAGAAAUCCUACUCUGAAGCCUGGGAUAAGGACAAGUCAAACAUCCACAUCAUGCCUGAUGCUAUGGAUGUUCUUCUCGCCAAGGCAAACAAUGUCAACUAUAGUUUGAAAAAGUACAAACAGGCAAAUGAAGAUUCCAAGAAGAAGGGCUACGAUAUCCGCAGUGAUGCCGUUUCCAUUAAAGCAGCCAGGGCUUCCACGGACAUUGCCAGCCAUUACAAGUACCACGCAGGAUACCGUAAGCAGGUCGGCCACCACAUCGGUGCUCGCUGCGUCCAGGACGAUCCUCUACUUGUGCUGGCUCUGAACUCAGCCAAGAUUGCCAGUGAUGCCCUGUACAAGAAGGACUUCAACCAGUCCAAGACCAAGUUCCACCUGCCAGUGGACAUGAUGGCCUUUGAACUGGCCAAGAAGAACCAGAUUCAGGUCAACCACGCCAACUAUAUCACUCGCCUCCACAACUGGACUUGUCUGCCAGACUCCACCGAUGUUCGCCAGGCCAGACAUGCUUAUGACCUGCAGAGCGAUGCGGUCUACAAAGCUGACCUGAAGUGGCUCCAGGGCCUGGGCUGGGUCCCCAUUGGCUCAGUUGAUGUGGAGAAAGCCAAGAAGGCUGGAGAAGCCUUAGAUGAAAGGAAGUACCGCCAGCACCCCAGCACUCUUCCCUUCACUAGCACCACAGAGGCUAUGAACAUCAUGCUGGCAAAGAAUAACGCUUUGACCAUGAACAAGCGUCUCUACGUCGCGGCAUGGGAGAAGGACAAGACCAAGCUGCACAUCAACCCUGACACUCCUGAGAUCGUCCUCUCUCAGCAGAAUGCUAUCAACAUGAGCAGGAAACUCUACAGACAAGGUUAUGAGGCCACCAUCAACAAAGGCUACUACCUCCCUGGGGAUGCGAUCUCUAUCAAGUCUGCUAAGGCCGGCAGGAACAUCAUCAGUGAUUACAAGUACAAGACAGGAUACCGUCAGCAGUUGGGCCACCACAUCGGUGCUCGCUGCGUGCAAGAGGACCCUCUGAUCAUGCUGGCCCUGAACUCAGGCAAGAUUGCCAGUGAUGUCCUGUACAAGAAGGACUUCAACAAGUCCAAGACUAAGUUCAACCUGCCAGUGGACAUGUUGAGUAUUGAGCUGGCCAAGAAAUGCCAGAUCCAAGUCAACCACGCCAACUACAUCACCCGCCUGCACCAGUGGACUUGUCUGCCAGACUCCAGUGAUGUUCGUCAGGCCAGGAAAGCCUACGAUCUUCAGAGUGAUGCUGUAUACAAAGCCGACAUCGAUGAGGUCAUAGGUGUAGGAUGGGUCCCCAUUGGUUCAGUAGAUGUGUUGAAGGCCAAGCAUGCUGGAAAAAUUCUGAGCGACCACCUCUACAGGCUGAAACCAGACAAACAGAAAUAUACAACUGACAUGUCUUCAAUGUCCAUGGUCUUAGCCAAAGCAAAUGCUCAAAUCAUCAACAAGAAAAACUAUGUUGCUGCUUGGGAGGCUGACAAGGUCAAGAAUCAUGUAAUCCCUGAUUUACCUGAGAUUGUGCUUUCCAAAGCUAAUGCGUACAACAUCAGCAAGAAAAUAUACAGGGAAGGUGUUGAGGAGAUGUUCAGGAAGGGCUAUGACCUUAAGGCCGAUGCCGUCUCUAUUAUCGCUGCCAAACGAGGACGAGAAAUCAUCAGUGAUUACAAGUACCAUGCAGGAUACCGUAAGCAGGUGGGCCACCACAUCGGUGCUCGCUGCGUGCAAGACGACCCUCUGAUCAUGCUGGCUAUGAACUCAGCCAAGAUUGCCAGUGAUGCCCUGUACAAGAAGGACUUCAACCAGUCCAAGACCAAGUUCCACCUGCCAGUGGACAUGUUGAAUAUUGAGCUGGCCAAGAAGUGCCAGAUCCAAGUCAACGAUUUCAACUACAGAACCCACCUGCACAACUGGACCUGCCUGCCUGACUCCACCGAUGUUCGCCAGGCCAGGAAGGCUUAUGACCUCCAGAGUGAUGCUGUUUACAAGGCUGACAUGGAAUGGAUCAGGGGAACAGGUUGGGUGCCAAUUGGUUCAAUUGAUGUGGAGAAAGCCAAGAAAUCAGGAGAGAUCCUGAGCGAAUUCAAGUACCGUCAGCAUCCCAGCAAUUUCAAAUUCACCGCCAAGACAACUGACAUUCCAUAUGCCCUUGCUCAGGCCAAUGCCCAGACCAUGGACAAGAAAGCGUACACUUCUGCCUGGGAAAAGGAUAAGACCAAGCUUCACAUCACUCUUGACACCCCAGAGAUUAUCCUGGCCAAGCAGAAUAAAAUCAACACCAGUCUGAAACAAUAUCGUGAAGGCUAUAUGGACACCAUAAACAAAGGCUACUACCUUCCCAAAGAUGCAAUUUCUGUUUUAGCAGCUAGGGCCUCCCGAGACAUCGUCAGUGAUUACAAAUACAAGGCUGGUUACCGCAAGCAAUGCGGGCAUCAUAUUGGUGCGCUCAGUGUUAAAGACGACCCACUGCUUAUGUUGGCCGCUAAUGCAGCCAGGAUCUCCAGUGACAACAUCUAUAAGAAGGACUUCCACAAGAACAAGACCAAGUACACCCUGCCAGGGGACAUGCUGACAAUUGAACUUGCCAAGAAAUGCCAGCAGCAAGUGAAUGACUUCAACUAUAGAACUCACUUGCACCAGUGGACCUGCCUGCCAGACUCCAGUGAUGUGGUUCAGGCUAGAAAGGUCUACGACUUACAGAGUGAUGCCGUCUACAGAGCUGAUCUGGAGUGGCUGAGAGGAUGCGGCUGGUCACCACAUGAAUCUGUGGACGUCGUCAAAGCGAGAAAUGCUCAGGCUAUUUUCAAUGAAAGGCUCUACCGCCAGCCACCAAGCUCUGUGAAGUUCACCAGUGUUGUUGACCUCCCGGCUGUGGUCUUGUCCAAGCAAAACGCUCUCAACAUCAGUGAAAGUAAAUAUAGGGAAGUCUGGGAUAAGGAUAAGCUCAAGUUCCACAUGCCGCCUGACGCCCCCGGAUUUGUCCUGUCCAAGGCCAAUGCUAUCAGCAUAAGCAAUAAACUGUACACAAAGGCAUGGGAUGACCAGAAGGCUAAAGGCUACCAUAUCAAGGAGGAUACUAUCGCUGUGCUGAAGGCUAGAGCUUCCAGAGAUAUCAUUAGUGACUACAAGUACCAUGAAGGAUACCGUAAGCAGGUGGGCCACCACAUCGGUGCUCGCUGCGUGCAAGACGACCCUCUGAUCAUGCUGGCUAUGAACUCAGCCAAGAUUGCCAGUGAUGCCCUGUACAAGAAGGACUUCAACCAGUCCAAGACCAAGUUCCACCUGCCAGUGGACAUGUUGAAUAUUGAGCUGGCCAAGAAGUGCCAGAUCCAAGUCAACGAUUUCAACUACAGAACCCAUCUGCACCAGUGGACCUGUAUGCCAGACUCCAGCGAUGUUCGCCAGGCCAGGAAGGCUUAUGACCUGCAGAGUGAUGCUGUGUACAAAGCUGAUCUGGAAUGGAUCCGCGGAUGUGGAUGGAUUCCACAUGAGUCUGUGGGAGUGAUGAAGGUGAAGCACGCACAGAAGGUCCUUGCUGAAAGAGGCUACCGUGUCAAGUUGGAUGAGCAGAAAUUCACUGUCCCGACUGACAGAAUCGACAUGAUCUGUGCCAAGAAUGCUGCUAGUGUCCUCAACGAGGCCAAAUAUCGUGAGGCCUGGCACAACGACAAGACCAAGUUCACGGCGUCGGACACUCCAGUUCUUGCCACAGCCAGAGAGGUGGCUAAGAUCCUCCACCCGAAACUGUACACCAAAGCCUGGGAUAAGGUCAAAGCCACGGGAUACUUCAUGCCUGGAGAUGCUGUACCAAUCAAGCAGUGCAUCCAAACAAGUAAAGUGCAGAGUCAACAUAAGUACCUUGCAGAAUACCGUAAGCAGGUGGGCCACCACAUCGGUGCUCGCUGCGUGCAAGACGACCCUCUGAUCAUGCUGGCUCUGAACUCAGCCAAGAUUGCCAGUGAUGCCCUGUACAAGAAGGACUUCAACCAGUCCAAGACCAAGUUCCACCUGCCAGUGGACAUGUUGAAUAUUGAGCUGGCCAAGAAGUGCCAGAUCCAAGUCAACGAUUUCAACUACAGAACCCACCUGCACCAGUGGACCUGUAUGCCGGACUCCAGCGAUGUGAUCCAGGCCCGCAAAGCCUAUGAACUUCAAAGCGAUAAUAUAUAUAAGGCUGAUCUGGAAUGGAUCCGUGGCUGCGGCUGGUUGCCAGCUGAGUCUGUUCACCACGUCAAGGCCAGGAAUGCCCAGGAGAUCAUCAACGACAGACACUACAAGCAGGGAGCCAUAGACGGCUUUGCGAAAUUCACCCUGAUCGUGGAUCGCCCUGAGAUUCUCUUGGCGAAGAUAAAUGCGGCCAACCUCAGUGAUCUGAAGUACAAAGAGACCUUCAAUGCAGAAAAGGGUCAUUAUAUUGGUUCAGAAGACACUCCUCAACUGGCCCAUAGCAGGGAGGUGUCUAAGAACAUCAGUGAGAAAACCUACAAACUGCAGUGGGACGAGUCUAAGGCUACAGGCUACAAGCUGAACCAUGAAUACAUCCCGAUUCUCAGCGGCAAGAAGAGCACUGAGAUCGCUAGUGAUGUCAAGUACAAGACUCUCCAUGAGAAGGUCAAGGGUCACUACAUGGCCGGGACCCUGGUGGACUUCCCUGAGGUGAUGCGCUGUGGAGGGCAGGAGAAGAACAAGGGACUGAGGCUCUACAAUAAGGACUACAAUAUCAGCAAGACCAAGACCCACCUCCCCCCUGACAUCAUCGCUAACAAGGUUGCUAAGCGCAGCCAGGACAUGCUGAGCGACGUCCUCUACCGUACUUACCUGCACCAGUACACUUGCCACCCUGAACAGGUGGACGCCAUUCGUGCCCGCAAGAACAACGAGAUUCUCAGUGAUGUGUUCUACAAGGAGGACCUGAACUGGAUGAAGGGUAUGGGUUGCUUCGUCUGGGACACACCAGAGAUCGUUCGUGCCAAGAAGUCCUACGAGCUCCAGAGUGAUCUUAAAUACAGAGAAGAGGCCAAGAAAGAAUUCAACAAUUACUCCAUUGUGACUGACACCCCGGCGUAUGUGACUGCUAUCCUGGGUAACACCUGGGCCAGUGAUCUCAACUAUAGGGAGGCUUAUCAUAAGGAGAAGCACCUGUAUACCACGGUUCUGGAUACCCACGACUAUGCCAGAUGCCACGACUUCAAGCACUACUUCAGCAACAAGAACUACAAGGCUGCCUGGGACAAAAUCAAAGACAAGAGCUACACGAUUCCCCACGACUCACACGCCAUGCUGCACGCCAAACAGCAAAAGAUCAUUCUCAGCAGCGUGAAGUACAAGGAGGAUUAUGAGAAGUUCAAAUCCCUCUACAGUCUGCCCAAGUCUCUGGAGGACGAUCCUAGCACUGCUCGCUGCGUCAAAGCCGGAAAGCUGGUCCUCGAUCGUCUGUACAGGGAGGACUAUGAGAAGACCAAGGCCAAGAACCACAUCCCACCAGACAUGCUGGAGAUCCUGUCUGCCCGAAAUACCCAGUCCACCGUCAGUGGGAUCCACUACCGCAAGUUUUUGCACCAGUGGAUAUGCCUCCCGGACAUGCAGGUGUUCACCCAAGCACGCAAAGUCAACGAGCAGCUAAGUGACAUCUUCUACAAGGACGACUUGAACUGGCUGAGGGGUAUCGGCUGCUACGCCUGGGACACGCCGGAGAUCCUCCGUGUCAAGAAUUCUGGGAAUCUCCAGAGUGAGAACCUGUACAGAGCCAAAGGUAUCGAGUCUUUCAAGGAGUAUUCGGUGGUGACGGACACUCCGGUGUACGAGACGGCCAAGCAGAACUCUCAGAACCUGAGCGAUCUGCACUACCGCUAUGAUUACAACGCCAACAUCAAGGGAACCAGCUCUGCUGCUGCUGUUACCAUCGACACACAAAGGGCACGCCUGGCUAACUACAUCCAGAGUGACAACGUGUACAAGGAGGCCAACAAGCACUCAAUGCCCACUGGUUACUCCCUGCCCCACGACACGCCCCUCAUCAAGCAGGCUAAGUUGAACAGCGUUGUCACCAGCAAUGUGAAGUACAAGGAAGCCUACGAGAUGAUGAAAGCGAAGGCCUACACUCUUCAUCCAGAGGGUGUCAACUUCGUCCUCUCGAGGAAGGCUAACCAGAUCACCAACGAUCGUCUGUAUCGGGAGUUGUACCACAAGCAAAAGGACAAGAUCCACACAACCUAUGACACCCCCGACAUCAAACAAGUCAAGAUGAACCAGAAACACCUCAGCGACUUGUGCUACAGAGAGAAAUACUACAACAGCAGAGGCCAGCUGAUCUCUCUGCCCGUUACGCCCCAGCUGAUGCACUGCUACCACGUCAACGAGAUCACCAGCGAUCUCAAAUACAAAGAGGAUCUGACGUGGCUGAGAGGCGUCGGCUGCUUCUUGUACGACACCCCGGAGAUGAUCAACGUCCGCAACAUCACCAAACAAAGGGUGAACUAUCCAGUGGAGGCUAAGAAGAAUCUUGCCAACUUCUCCGUGGUCCUGGACACACCCGAGUACAAACGUGUGACUGAGCUAAAGACCCACAUGAGCAGCAUGAUCUACAAAGCCCAGAGCAAGGAAGAAAUGGCAAAGGUCACCACCACUGUGGACUCUGUGGACAUCAAGAGAGCCAAAUGGGCUCAGCUGCUGACAAACAAAUUCCAGUACACCAAUGUGGCUUCCAAGGAGAGAUCUCAUUUCACUCCAGAAAGUGACACUCCAAACAUGGGCCAUGCUAGAAGAAUGAAAGUGGUCUACAGUGACAACAAAUACAAAGACCAGUAUGAGAAGAUGAAGCACAGAUACACCGCUAUUGCUGAUACACCUCUGCUGAUCCGUGCCAAGAAAGCCUACCUCCAGUCCAGCGAUCUGCGUUACAAAGAGACCUUUGAGCUCUCCAAGGGCCACUACCACACAGUGAAGGAUGCACUGGACAUCACCUACCACCGCAGAGUCACGGAUGACAUCAGCGAGGUUAAAUACAGGGAGAAGUACAUUAACUCUCUGGGUACAUGGAAGUCCAUCCCUGACCGCCCGGAGUUCUUCUUCAGCAAAGUUGCCAACGAUAACGUCAGCAACGUGAAAUACAAGGAGGACCUGGAAUGGCUGAAGGGUAUCGGCUGCUUCGUGUGGGACACCCCCGAGCUGGUGCAGGCUGAGAAGAACAAGACGCUGUACAGUGAGAGACUGUACAAAGCGUCCUUCGAGAAGAACAGAGGCAACUUCAAGUAUACCUGCGACACGCCGUUCUUCCAGGCGGCCAAGUAUGCCUCCACGCUCAUCAACAACAGGGCCUACAGAGCUACUUAUGAGCAAUCCAAGGAUAAGUUCACCAUAACGACAGAUGAUCCUAGAUACUUGCUGGCCAAGGAGAACAACAAGAUGAGCCAGUGGAGGUACAGGCAGCAGUAUGAGCGCGCCAAGGACAAGUUCACCUCAAUCCUGGAGACUCCCGAGUACGAGGCUCACAAACGCAGCAAGAAAAUAUCUGAUAUCAUCUACAAGAUGGAGUACAACAAGACCAAGGCGAAGGGAUACACCUUGCCUUAUGACACUCCACACCAACAGCACAUGAAGAGGGUUAAGGAUAUCACCAGCAAUCUGAAGUACAAAGAAGUGUAUGAGAAGAGCAAGGCCCAGAUCAACAUUGACCAAGAGGCUCAUUCGAUCCGUGCUGCCAGGGAGGCGUACAAGAACAUCAGCAAUCUUGACUACAAGAAGAAGUAUGAAGCCACCAAGAACAAGUGGAUCUGGACAACAGACAGACCCGACUUCCUCAUUAAUGCCAAGAACUCUUUGCAACAGAGUGAUGUUGACUACAAGUAUGACAAAGAGAUGAUGAAGGGCUGCGUGAUCCCUGUAGUGGAUGACAAGUUGACCCUCCUGUCUAUGAAACAUGCUGAAAUGGCCAGCGAUGUGAAGUACAGAGAGAAGUAUGAGAAGUCGAAGGGCCACUACGUGCCCGUCAGUGACACUCCUCAAAUCCUCCAUGCCAAGGCUGUGCGCACUUUGGCAUCAGAGAGCAAAUACAAGGAGGCCAGUAAGAAGGACAUGCAGUCCGGCUCGUUCACCACCCUGUCCGAGACUCGUGACACCAUCCACAGCAAGGAGAUCAACAAGCUCAUCAGCGGGAAAUUGUACAAAGCGAAGUUUGAGAAGGAAAAGGGAAAGUCGAUUUACAACAAUAUGAAUGUUCCACCUGAAGUUCAGCACGCCAUGGGAGUCGCCAAGAAUCAGAGCAACGUGGCCUACAGGAAAGAUGCCAAAGCCAACCUUCACUACACGAGUGUAGCCGACCGUCCCGACAUAAAGAAGGCAAGCCAGGCUGCCAAGCUGAUCAGUGAGAUCGGCUACCGUGACAAGGCCCGUGAGGAGGCCAGCCGUGGAGGUUCUCUGGCCCACCGCCCAGACAUCGCUCUGGCCACUGAGGUGUCCAAGCUGACCAGCAAGGUGGAGGCCAAGCCCUCCCUCCAUGGAACAGCUUCCUAUGAUACUCCGCAGAUGCGCCACAUUAAGAAAAUGAGUGCCGUGACUAGUGAUGUGAAAUACAAGGAGAAGUUUGACAAGGAGAUGAAAGGAAGGAAACCACAGUAUGACCUGAAGAACAGUAAGAUUUACCAGACGUUGAAGGAUGCCAAUGUGCUGGCUAGUGAGGUGCAGUAUAAGCUUGACCUGAAGAAGCUCCACAAGCCUGUGACCGACAUGGCCGAGUCUCUGUCCAUGCAGCACAACCUGAGCACCAGCAAACUGUCCAGCACCGUGAAAUACAAGGAGAGGUAUGAGAAGGAGAAGGGCAAGGCCAUGCUGGACUUCGAGACCCCCACAUAUGUGACGGCUAAAGAAGCUCAGCAGAUGCAGAGCCAGAAAGAGUACAGGAGGGAUCUAGAGGAGGGAGUGAAGGGUAAAGGGCUAACUUUACUGGAGGAAACUCCGGAGCUUAUGAGAGCAAGGAAUGCCACUCACAUCCUGUCAGAGAGAGAGUACAAGAAGUCGCUGGAGUUGGAGAUAAAGGGCAGAGGAAUGUUGGCUUUGGCGACAGACACCCCGGACUUCAUGAGGGCGAAGAACGCUACUGACAUCCUCAGUCAGUCUAAGUACAAGCAUACGGCUGAGCUGGACAGAGCCAGCUACACAAGUGUCGUCGACACCCCCGAAAUCCUCCACGCUCAGCAGAUGAGGAACAUCAUCAGCCAGAAAAAGUACAAAGAGGAUGCGGAGAAGUCCAUGUCUCACUAUGUACCGGUGAUGGACACUCCAGAGAUGCAGAGAGUCCGUGAGAACCAGAAGAACUUCAGCACCCAUCAAUACCAGAUUGACCAUAAAAACAUAUUGGGCAAUGUGUCCUCUAUAAAGGACACUCCUGAAAUGCUUCGUGUUAAAGAGAAUACAAAGAAUUUCAGCUUGAUUCAAUACAAAACAGGAGUGGAACAAGGCACGUCAGUCUCAGAGACCCCCGAGAUGGAGAGAGUCAAACGCAACCAGCACAACAUUAGCACGAUUCAGUACAAGGAUUCUGUGGGUCAAGGCACAUCCAUACCCGAUCUCCCUGAGGUGAAGCGGGUCCGAGAAACCCAGAAGAAUAUCAGCUUGAUUCAAUACAAAACAGGAGUGGAACAAGGCACGUCAGUCUCAGAGACCCCCGAGAUGGAGAGAGUCAAACGCAACCAGCACAACAUUAGCACGAUUAAAUACAAGGACUGUCUGGGUCGAGGCACAUCUAUACCGGACCUCCCUGAGGUGAAGCGGGUCAAACAAACGCAGAAGCACAUCAGCUCGGUGUUGUAUAAAGACAGUACAGCCAAGGGGACGCCUGUGGUGUUCACCCCAGAGAUGGAGCGAGUCAAAAGGAACCAAGAAAACAUUAGCUCGGUGCUGUACUCCGACAGCUUCCGUAAGCAGGUCCAGGGCAAGGCCGCCUUCGUUCUGGACACGCCUGAGAUGAGGCGCGUCAAGGAGACCCAGCGCAACAUUUCUGGAGUCAGAUACCACGAGGACUUUGAGAAGAGCAAGGGCAGCUUCACGGCCACCGCCACCGACCCCGUGACUGAGCGCGUGAAGAAGAACACGCAGGACUUCAGCGACAUCAACUACCGCGGCAUCACGAGGCGUGUGGUGGAGAUGGAGAGGAGACGUGCCAUCGAGCAUGACCAGGAGACCACCACUGAUCUGCGUGUGUGGCGCACAAACCCCGGCUCUGUGUUUGACUACGACCCUGCAGAGGACAACAUCCAGUCCAGGAGUCUGCACAUGAUGUCAGUGCAAGCUCAGCGUCGCAGCAAGGAGCACUCCCGCUCCACCAGCGCCCUGAGCGGCAUGGCUGAUGAGAAGUCUGAGGUGUCCCAGGACCCUGACCACCACAUGUCCCUCUACAGCAACGGCUUCAUGGCCUCCUCUACCGGUUACCAGCAUGCAAAGACUGUGGAGCUGCAGCAGAGGUCAUCAUCAGUGGCCACCCAGCAGACCACCGUCUCCUCCGUCCCCUCACACCCCUCCACCACCGGGAAAACCGUGCGCGCCAUAUACGACUACACUGCAGCCGACAACGACGAGGUGUCCUUCAAGGACAGCGACGUCAUCGUCAACGUGCAGGCCAUCGACGAGGGGUGGAUGUACGGCACCGUGCAGCGCACCAGCAAGACCGGCAUGCUGCCAGCCAACUACGUUGAAGCAGUUUAAAGACAAAGCCCACCGUCCCUCCAGAGUGGCUGCGACGCAGCCGCGGGGCAAACCGAUCCUCCUGCGGCUGAGUGCAAUGUGUAGCCUUUAGGCUGUUGUAGCCGUCACUGUAUUUUAAUUGUGUUGUAAUUCUCGUCCGUUAUCAUUCAAAUGCUGCCACCCCCCCCCACCCCCCAGGGGAAAAGCAAUAAUCACAAACAAUACACUCUUUGUAUAUUUCAAACAUAUUUAAUAUAUUUAGUUUUACUACCCAAACAAUGGGUUCAAACUGUUCAAAUGAUGCAGUUAAUGGAACUUCUAUGGAGAAUAAUGAAACUCAUAAGGAGUCAGUUACUAUCUGUCUCCUCCGUGAUGAAGAGUUGACGAGCCUCAGUCUUCCCUCCGUCGUACUGACGGCUGACUAGUGUGUUUUCUGUCUUCUACCUUUAAUCAGUAGCUAUUAAAGCACACCGAGCUCCUGCAGCA